CAAACACUCAACUAAAUUAAUCCCCAUGGCCACCAUUUUCUCCCCCUCCGCCCUCCUCUCCUCCACCGCCACCACCUCCUCCGCCGCCAAGCCACCUCCCCUCGCCACCAUCCCCCAAUCCAAACCAUCAUCCACCGUCGCCACCACCCUAGCCGCCACCGCCCUCGCUGCAACCAUACUCUCCGCCUCCCCUCCCUCCCUAGCCGAGCCGCCCUCCUACAAGCUAUACUACGGCACCGCCGCGAGCGCCGCGAACUACGGCGGAUACGGCGGGAACUCCGACAAGAAGGCCUCCGCGGAGUACACGUACGAGGUGCCGGACGGGUGGAAGGAGAAGCUGAUCUCCAAGAUACAGAAGGGGACCAACGGCACCGACAGCGAAUUCUACAACCCGAAGAAGAAGGCGGAGAAGGAGUACCUCACCUUCCUCGGCGGCUUCCCCCGCCUCGCGCCCAAGGAGAUCAUCCUCAACAACCUCGCGCUGUCCGACGUCGACCUGCAGGACUUGAUCGCCGCCGCCGACGCCGUCACCUCUGAGGAGAGGAAGGAUGACAAGGGGCAGGUGUAUUACGUGUAUGAGAUCGACGGCGCCGCGGGACAUAGCUUGAUCUCUGUCACGUGCGCUAAGAAUAAGCUGUAUGCGCAUUUCGUGAAUGCGCCGGCGCCGGAGUGGAAAAGGGAUCAAGAGACGCUUAUGCACAUUCACCAGUCGUUCAAGACUGUCGACUGAGACGUACGCUUUUCAUCAUCUCAGCUUCCUUGUAAUAAACAUAUAUGAGAAUUGUUACUUGAUUUUGAUGAAGUUUUAUCUCAAAUUGUGUAUAUACAACAUAGACAAUUUCCGUUUA